AUGCCGCAAGACGCCGAGACUGGACAAGACAUGCCGGAAUCCAUGUCGCACUCCGGCGUGAACAUGGCUGUCACGGAGGAUGGCGCGGCUUAUAACAAGCUUCGCAGGCCGGACGAUUACCUACAGUCACUCACCGCGCAAUACCCGGCCAAGAGCGAACUACCGCCCGCGAAACGAAAGUUCGAAGCCGUUGCUACCGCAGACCAUGAAGACGGCCAAGCGCCAAACACCAAGCGCUCAAGAGAAGAACAUGCGUCCGCGGGUGCGACCUGUGCAAGAGCUGUCGCAGGCGACAAGAGGCGCGUCUUCCGCCCAGUUAAAGAGAACGGCAUGCAGACCAUGUUCCCCGGCCUAGACGACGACUCUGCUUCCGACGAAGACGACACUACGAGGGACGCCCUCGCGUACCUUCGCAGCGUGAGGUCCGAAGCUUCUACCAUACCCACCCUCCUCGUCGCACCGCCGCAAGCGCCGAGACACAACGAACUCGAUCACUCAAUGUACCAUGACGGAGUUGGAGAUCAUAGGGCCGUAUACCAGGAUGGCACGUGGGUCGCUGUGGACGAGGAUGUGGACGUGGAGUACUACGACGAAGACGAGGACUGGUCACAGUACGAGGACGACAUCAAUCCACAAGAGGGAUACUACACGUCCCUGCUUAGGCGCUACAAAGCUCUUCGGAGUACCCUGGCCAACGCUGAUCCGAAGGAGCUGGCUGCUUUGGUGAAAGCGGAUCCGGAGAAGUACGCGAACGUGAGGGUGCCGUAUUACAAGAGCGACUGGCGGUAUGCGUUCGACAACAAGUACCCAACACCGGCGUUGGUGGCUCAGAUCGACGAGAAGAGCCUCUAUCGCACAAUGGAGUAUGUCUCAGAAGUCUUAAUCACGGGAGACACUAUAUCGAAACAGAAGAGCUGCUGGAUAUGGACGCUGCUAGCUUUGGCUGGGGACUCAGGUACCCUGGACUACUACAAGGUCGGUCGCAUCAGGGAGCUAGGGCACAAAGCGGGUCAAUUGAGCAUCCGUCUGCGAAGCGGGGUGCGGCGAGAUGCAGACGGAGUCGAGAAAGAAGGCGACGCAGAAGACUGGGAGGUCGAGGGAGAAGGCGUUGACGAGGACGAGCAAGACGAGAACGAGAAUGGCAAGGGGGCUGAAGCGAAAGAGAGCAGGCUUACGCCAGAGGUACAGCGUCACGCUAUCGAAGAUGGUGAAGGGGGUAAUCAUGAGGAAGAGUACGAACCGCCCACGGACAUCGGCGGCCAGUCAUACGGAGCCACCGAACAGAAGCUUGCAGUAUAUGCUUCCCAGCCUUCCAACAAGGGCCACGAAGAAAAGAACAUAUCAAUUUCCGAAGAUGAAGGCGAGAUAGAAGAGGAUGAGCCCGAAGUUGAAGACACGCCGGCCGACCUAGAAGCAGCGCGUGCCCGCCUGCUCGCCCAACUUGGAGAAAACCUCGUCACAGAAGCCGUUCCAAACCUCAAAAUACCAGCCCACCAGCUUCGAGGAAAACAAGCUCACGUAGAGCCGCGUCAAGGUGGACGCCACCGACACAAUGGCAAGUGGUGCAAAGAGCUGUCGUGCCAGAUGAACAAAGGACGACAAGAGGCCCAUCGUAAGGCAGCGUUGCGAGCUACAAAGGGUGUGAUGGCGAAUAGAAGCAGGUCUGAGACGUCGUUGCAAUCUCGGCAGGAUACACAAUCAGCGGCAAAUCAGCAGCGACAGAACAAUGCAUCAGAGGAACCUCCCGCACCCGCGAGCGCAGACGCCUCUACUUACGAGCCUGCAGUGCUCUCAAUCCCACAGGCCACGGAAGAUACUUCUCGGAGUUCGGCUAUAGAAAAUGAAGCUGAGGCUCUUGGUGAGGCUCCAGCAGCUGAAAAGAUCGACCCAGCGGCCUUCCUAAUAUUUCUCCACUCAGCUAUACAGGGCGAUCUUUCAGACGGGGAAGCAGAAAUCUUGAGGGAAUUCCCGCCCGAACUGGCCUUGGAAGCUCACUCGUUCUUUAACCGAGACGAUGGGACAGGAACAGACGAGGACUUCUUGCGACAGCUCCCGCCAGAUAUCGCUGCGAGCGUUCGCGAGGGAAUUCGUAUCAACCGUAUAGGCAGUGUGUCUGAGCGGCGGGCCAUCGAUGUCGAGUGGGAAUCAUCCAGCGAUCGAGAGGACGAGCGGCGUGUAGAGGAAGUCGAUCUGAACACAAGAGUAACGAUUGAUAUGAUCCUGACAGUGGUGGGUGAAUGCUAUGGGCAGCGGGACUUGUUGAAAUUUCGGGAGGUGUGGUGA